CACGAACUGUCAUAUUGCCGAUCCAUCCUCUCCCAUCCAGCAUCUUCCAUGAUCUGUCCUUGAUCGUGUGAUGAGCCACGCUUCACCACCCUCAACUCCACUUGAUCGUGUCGCCCCCGGACUUUGAUAAACAUCUUUGGAACCCUCUUGUCACCAUCCUACUCCCCCUCCAUUCCAAUUCUCCCAAAUCCCUCGUCCGCCACCCAACAUGCCGUUCACGGCCAAGGCUACCAUCCCGCUUAUCCCCCUCGCAAAGGACGCCGUGCUCCUUCCAGGCGUCACCCUCCGAAUCUCCGUCUCAAAUCGUGCCGAUAUCCCUCUUCUUCUCUCCUCGGCCUUUCAGCGAGCCACAAAUUCCAGGACUGGGUCAGCUCAAUUGCCCGUUGGCUGCGUACCCUUGAACUCCACCUUUCUCAGCCCAGAUGGCAAAGACUUGUUGGAUAGUGGCAACAAGGAGAGUAGCAAACACAUAGAGACCGUUGAUUUGGAGCCUGGCAAGGCUAGAAAACAAGACCUCUUUGGCUAUGGCACCCUGGCCAAGAUUAUCGGCGUCCAGGGCAAUUCCAAUUCCGACCCUUACCUCAUUGUGGAAGGCAUUCAACGAUUCAAGAUUGAUAAUAUUAAACAUGAAAAGCCACACUUUGAAGCCGAAGUCACCUUUUACGAAGAUGAGGUACCAGACUUAAACGAUGGCGAUCUCCGUGCCAGUUUUACUCGCCUAAAGCAACGCUCUCGUGAGCUGCUUACUUUAUUACGACUCUCUUCGCUCUUCCGGCCCGCCUCAAUGGUCCUGUCGCCGCUUAUCGCUCGGCGUUUCGAAUUAUUCAUUGCCAAAAAGGACCUGUCUCAGGCCGGUCAGCUGGCCGACUUUAUGACCGACAUUGUCGAGGCCAGUUUUGAAGAUAAGCUUCGUAUCUUGAGCACCUUGGAUCUGCACGAUCGACUCGAACGUGUCCUGGCUUUGUUGAACAAGCAGAUAUCUGGUAUUAACGGCAACAUCAAGAUCACAUCCAUCACCUCGACCCAUCUUCCACCCAAUGUCGACAUCUCCGAUUUAAAUCAAAGCCAACGAGAAGCACUGGCCCGACGAGCCAUGUCCGGUCUCAAUGGCAUGACCCCACCAGGAAUAGCCGGGCCCGGCCGAGGUGACAAGGAUGACGAUAACGAAGUUAAUGAGGUCGAAGAGCUCAAGAGGAAAAUCGCCGAGGCCGGCCUGUCACCGGAAGCCGCCAAGGUCGCUGAACGGGAAUUGAGGCGCCUGAAGAAAAUGAACCCAGCGAACGCCGAAUAUGGUGUCAUUCGCACCUACGUCGAGAAUCUUGCAGAAAUCCCAUGGAGCAAGACAACAGAUGACCAAUUAGGAGCAGAUACCCUACAGCGUGCUCGGAAACAGCUCGAUGACGACCACUAUGGUCUCGAGAAGAUCAAGAAGAGACUCAUAGAGUAUCUUGCCGUCUUGAAGUUGAAGCAGUCCGUCAAUGCUGAUGUCGAUCAUCAAAUCAGCCGACUCACCAAGCAGCUCACCCCACCACCCGAAGGAGAGGACAAGGAGAAAGACAAGGACAUUGAGCAGAUCCCCGACAGUGAACGAGAUGCUGCUACCGCAAAGCUCCACAUCCUCAAAUCCAAGCGGAUGGUUGACAAGUCGCCCAUAUUACUGCUAGUCGGUCCUCCAGGCGUGGGCAAGACUUCUUUGGCCAAGUCGAUUGCAUUGUCGCUGGGUCGCAAGUUCCAUCGCAUCUCUCUUGGAGGUGUGCGAGACGAAGCUGAAAUCAGAGGACAUCGUCGGACCUACGUCGCUGCUAUGCCUGGUCUCAUCGUUAGCGGAUUGAAGAAAGUUGGUGUGGCGAAUCCUGUUUUCCUGCUCGAUGAGAUCGACAAAGUCAGUUCCAACAACUUCCACGGCGAUCCGUCCGCAGCCAUGCUAGAAGUCCUUGAUCCAGAACAAAACCACAGCUUCAACGAUCACUAUGUCAACAUUCCCAUUGACCUUAGCAAGGUUCUCUUCAUCGCGACGGCCAAUUCCCUCGACACCAUUCCACCCCCUCUCUUGGACAGAAUGGAGACCAUUCAACUCUCGGGAUACACAACGAUUGAAAAGCGACACAUUGCCAAGCAACAUUUAAUCCCCAAGCAAAUUCGAACCAAUGGACUUUCCGACGGUCAAGUGGCCCUACCAGACGACGUUGUCGAUGCCAUCAUCACAUCGUAUACCCGCGAGGCAGGUGUCCGCAAUCUUGAACGAGAAAUUGGUUCCGUUUGCCGUUACAAGGCUGUUCAAUACGCAGAAUCACGGGAUGCAGGGGAUCAGAAAUAUGACCCCAGUGUCAGCGUGGGCGAGCUUGAAGAUAUCCUGGGAAUUGAGCGCUUUGAAGAAGAGAUUGCCGAGAAGAAAUCUCGACCGGGUGUCGUCACAGGUCUUGUGGCAUAUUCUUCAGGCGGACAAGGCAGCAUCCUCUUCAUCGAAGUCGCCGACAUGCCCGGCAAAGGACGUGUCCAACUUACAGGCAAACUUGGCGACGUGCUCAAAGAAUCCGUUGAAGUUGCCUUGACAUGGGUCAAAGCUCAUUCUUACGAGCUGGGUCUCACCCAUGACCCCAAUGAAGACAUCAUGGAAAAACGUGCAAUCCACGUCCAUUGCCCAGCAGGUGCUACACCUAAAGAUGGUCCAUCAGCGGGUCUUGCACACACAGUUGCCCUGAUCUCCCUGUUCUCGAACAAGCCUGUGCCGCCACAAAUCGCCAUGACAGGUGAAGUCAGUCUUCGUGGUCGUGUCAUGCCCGUCGGAGGCAUCAAGGAGAAAUUGAUCGGCGCACAUCGCGCAGGCGUCAAGACGGUUUUGUUGCCAAACCAUAACCGGAAAGACGUCAAGGAUGUCCCAGAAGAAGUCAAGCGGGAGAUGAAUAUUAUUUAUGUCAAGCAUGUCUACGAAGCUCUGCGACAGAUCUGGCCUGAGUCAGUCUGGGCGACGGAUUCGCAUUUUGCAAAGGUGGAAAGUCGUUUAUAAACUGAUAUCAUUUGAGAGUCCCAUUUUAGUUUGAUUGUUCUGGGCGUUGAUCCAUUGGUUACGAGACCCCAAAACCCAAAACCAUACAAUUGAGUUGAAAUAAGGAGAAGAAGGUUGAGUGAGUGAAGCGAUACAGCGAGCAAGUGAGUACCAGGAGCAGACGACGUCGGCGACAACGGUGGUGGCUCACGUUUAUAUACAUAUACAUGUCACAUUAUAUAUGCGCAUCAAUGAUGAUUUUUCUCAAUGAACAA